AGUCAGUCGGUAGUGACAGUCGACCGUUGGCGGAUCUAUCUUCCAACCGGGCAGCCGCAAAGCCGGAAUUAUUCGACUGUGCGUUGAGUGUCACACGGUUGAUUGUGUUGCUUCCGUAUCUUUCAGCUUCUGUUCCGGUGCCGAUCGCUGGCUGAGCGUGCGAGAAGAACUGUUUUUUGAUUUUCAAAGAAACUGUUUCAAAGGAAACUACCAGUUAAACGGGGAAAAAGUGUGUGCGUUUGAGCAAAGGUGGUUGCAGUUUGUGUGUGCCCGUCCGCAAUGUUUAGCUUCUUCAAACGCUCCAAGUCACAGAAGGGAAAACAAAAACACGAAAAACCGCUGCAGCUAGUGCCAGCGGAGGAGCCAGAGGUGGCACCGGCAGCAGUGUGCAGUGAAGAGCCAUCACCACCACCACCACCGUGUGCGAAGGUUGCGUCUGAUGCGUACGCAAGCGCAGCUGCGCGGCAGACGGGCCGCAACGCACCGGACGGCACCACGCUCGGAAGCCGCGCUGGCGACGAGGAAAAGCAGGCCAAAAAUAGCUCACCACCGGGCGGCCCAGUGGGGCAGGCGGACGGUGGCGGACUUUUGGCACCCUUGGGCGAACGGUGCGAACGCUCGCCCGAGCAAUUGUUGCCCUCCAAGUGCCGGCCCACCGCGGUACCGAAGGGAGCGACGGACGACGGUGACGAACGAAACCACCGCGCGAUCGAUGUCAGUUCGAGCGAUCUAACGCGCCAGCACGGUUCGGUCGCGCCCGAGUACGAGUGCGGCAGCGGUCGCGAAGCUUCUGCCAACGGUGGCCCGAUCGAUGACAGUGCCGGGUGCGCACGGGAACCACGUACGCCGCACGCGAGCCACAGUUCGAGUUCGUACGCGCCGCAGAGCGAAAGUGCAAUGGCGAAAGGGAAAAAUCGACGCCGCUAUCAGCAGCAGCAGAAUCAACAGAAUCAACAGCAACCAAAUCAACAGCACGUGAAACCACCACAACAACAACAGCAGCAGCAACAACAGAACGUGCUAAAGCUAUCCCUCCCGAAGGCCGACUCCAGCGGAGGUCAGGAUGGCUCCACACAGGGCAGGACGCACCUGUCAAACCUCGCCAAGGCAAUGAGCGGCACGGUACCGAUCAAGGUUAUCGAGGAGUUUGUGGAGAUGCAGCAGGGAAAGGGCACGGCCGAUGCAGAGCCCAACCUUCCGCCCGGUGACGUCACGAAAGCCGAACAGGACGGUUCCACCACGCCCCGAACGAUCGAACGAGCGUUAGCGAAGACACACACCAGCGGCGACGCUAGCGGUGCGGCGCUAGUGUCGCCGAACGCAUGCGCACCACUAGCGCUCGCUGUCACGCACACUACCACCACACCGCAGAGUGGUGGUGACAGUAGUACGGAUGGGCAGUUAUUAAAUAUCAACCAUAUUUCGCCUACUGCUCCGGCACUGGGUCAUCACGCACACCAGGGCGGCAACGCGGUACAGUCAGCUCACGACACCACUACACCGGCGGCCGAUCGUGCGCUCAGUCCGGCCGAGGCGACGAUCCUCCCGCCGGCAGUCGGCAGUAGUGCACCGGGAGCGAACCUUACCGUAUCGGAGGCGAAUGCCACCGGCAGCGAAGCAGCAAACAGCAGUGCGCGAGCAGCAGAGCAACGAGCACCGACGAGCAUCCAGGAAAUGGGCCAACAGCCAAGCCGGGCCGGCAGCGAGCAACGAGCAACAGCCCCGUCCCAGCGGACGGCCAAGUCAACGACACCGCCAUUGCCACCGCCACGCAGCCAGCGACCGGCGGCAGCGGCCGCGGCACUUCCGGCGCACGAGCUAGAGGCGGCCACCCGCCACACGGUCGUGAUCGUGCAGGAUGCUGCUGCUGGGGACGAUACUAGCGACGAUCGGGACGUCUUCUACGAGGCAAAGGAGACGCUCUCACCCACCAGCGGCACUGACGCCGCGGACGAUGACAGGCACCGCCGUGUCGCCGGGAGCGAGCAUGGUGCGGAACCGGAACCGAUCCGCGCUAGCCUGGUGCUUAAGCUGGCCGAUGUGCCGGACCACCAGCGCCAGCCGUCGCCGCAGAAGAAGCAGGUCAGCUUCAAGCUGACGCAGAACGGCAGUGACGAUGUGGAAGUGUCGUCGACCAGCGUCGACAGCAGUGACGUGGACAGUGACAGUGAGGUAGGGCAGGCGACGGGCCAGGACGGUACACUACCAUCUCAUACUGCAUUUAGUGAGCGUGCUAACAAUGGUGUGUUCAGUCGGGAGGAUGCGGGCAAGAAUUACAUUGAGUUUCAAUACGAUCACAGUGCAUCAUCGCCAGCCGAGGGCGUGGAAAAGUGUGGCGAGGAAAAGUGUGCAAAGGCUGAUGGAGCGGAGCAGCGCAAUAAGAGCGAGCUGAUCGAGGACAGUGUGGCCAGCCUGCCGGAUGUGGUGCAGCCGUCCAACAUUGAGCCGCCGGCAUCCUUCGGCACCGUUGAGAAGAUCAACAGUGACAUGAAGGAUCUGGUGAACCAGGAACAGCGGUACAGCGCCAAGCUAGAGGAGGCCGAAAAGCGCGUGAAGGAAGCGAACGUGAAGGUCUACGAACUGCAGCAGAAGCUCGAUGCGGUCGAGCGGGACGCGUUGCUUAAGGAAUACAACGUGGAACGUCUGCAAGCGGAGCUGGUGGCCGCCCUGAAGGAAUGCGAAGGCAUACGGGCCCGGCUGACGACCCAGCAGUCGGAGAUGGAAACGAUAAGACUGAAGGCCUCCGACCGGGAGGACGAACUUAAUCUCAAGUAUCAAAAUUUGGAAAUCGAACAUCUGGAGCUGACGGAAAAGCUGGCCGAGGUGCGGCAGCUAGCCCACGAGCUGAACAGCCAGCUGAUCGACGCCAAAUCGGAGGUGGACCGGCUGAAGGAGGAACGCCAAAAGCUGCUGGACGAGCGCACCGAGGAGCAGAAGAUUAUGCGCGAAGCGCUCGAAGAGUCGGUGCGCGAACGGGCCCAGGUAGAGGCGAAGUGGAAGCAAAGCUUCGAGCAGCUGCGCGACGUGAACAAUGCGCGCGAGGAAGAUCUGAUGAAGGAUUGCGAGUUUACGAUCCGCAGCAUGCAGAAGACGUGCAAGGAGAAGAUGGAAACGGUCGAGAAGGAGCGGAAGCAGGCGCUCGAGCAGGUGAGCCGGCUGGAGGAGUUGGCCCGCAAGCGCACGGACGAGGUGCGCCACCUAAAGUCGUACGAGGCGGAGGUGGAGCAGCUGCGCGGGCUUACGUACGAUCAGAAGGAAUCACUGCUCGGGAUGACCCGGCAGGUGGAGAGCUUGAAGGCGGAGCUGGAGACGGCGUACAACAAGCUGGAGGAGGAGAUGGUGAAGGUGCAGCAGAUAAAGAACCGCUGUGAAUAUCAACUGUGUGAAAAGGAACGGGAAGCGCUGAACCGGAUAGAGAUCGCCCGUGGGGAGAUUGCGAUGCAGUGGGAGGAUCGGCUGCUGCACGAGAUGAACCGGCUGAAGGUGGAGCUGGAACAGACGCACAUGGAGGAGCGUACCUCCGCCAUCGAGAAGCUGCGCCGCGAGGCACUGGCCGAAACGGAAGCCAUGAGCCGGCGGUUCAAUGAGCGUGAAAUGCAGCUGAAAAAUGAGAUCGAUUCACUCAAAGCGAAACUGGAACAGCAAAAGACGUUGAUGGCCAAUGCACAGACCGACGCUGACCAGAAGCUGCUCCAGUCGCGCAUGUACGUGGAGCGUGCCGAGCGGGAGCACGAGCGCAAGCUGGCCAAAGAAAUGUCCGAGAAGGAUGAAAUCAUCGAAACCCUCAAGCAACAGUUUGAAAAGGAAAAGUUGGAGUUGGAGCAGCACUUUAGCGAACGGAUUCAGCAGGUGCAGGAAGAGUUUGCGCGGGAAAUAUCCGACACGACCGAGCUGAUGAAAACUGCCCACAAAAAGGAGCUAGAAACACAAUGGAAGGCUCUCGUUGCAGAGAAGGAAGAAGCAUUGCACCUGAUGGACAGUCGCAACCGACACCGGCUUGAAGAUGCUGAGAACAAAAUCAGAGAACUCACGACCAGCCAUCAGCGGCAGCUGAAGGACCUGCAGGAAGAGCACAGCUUUGUGGUGCACAGUCUGGAGUCGCGGGACACGAAGAACGCGCAAGAAAUUCAAACGCUCCAUAAAAAGUGCCGCUGCCUAACGAAUCUUUUCGAAGAGAUGCGCUUACGCUAUGAACGGCGCGAGCCACGCAUGGAAGAUUUGCAGCAGAUCGAAGAGCUGAAGACGGUGAUCGAAUCGCAGGAGCGUGAUUUGCGGCAGCUUACCGAACGAUUGCGAGAGUUGCAGCUGCAGCAACAGCAGCAAGAUCAACAUCCACCCCAAACACCUCGCCGUUCGAAACCAAACCGGGGACGGCAGCAGAAACAGCAGCAAUCGAAUCAGCAGCAACAGCAAGGUAAUAGGCAGCAGCAGCAGCAGGGUAAUAAGCAGCAGCAAAAGAAAGGCCGACAGCAAGCCCCAGCCGAACCGGAACAGUGUGAAGAAGCGCCUUACGAGGAAGAGGAUCACCAGCAGGUGGAUGAGAUCGAGUACGUGGAGUCUUUGGGCGAUGCACCCCAGGUGGUACUCAUCCCACCUGCCCAGUUCAUACCUCCAAUGGUACACCGAACACCGUGCGAUGUGAUCUACGAAGAGAAUGAAGAGGAGGAGGAAGCGGCACAGGUGGCAGAAGAAGAAGAAGAUCAGCAGCAGCAGCAGCAGCAACAACAGGAGACAGAAGAACUUGAACCUGAGGUAGAACAAUCGAACGAGAAUAACGAAGUACUGGUGAUAGAAGUGGAGGAACCUGAAGAAUCGGUAACAGUAGUGGAUGUUCCCGCGUCUGCAAUCCAAACCGAGGAUCGUGUGAUACACUCGACUACACCGACGAUCAUAGAGGAUGUGGAUGACGCACCGCAGCCAAACAGCAGCAUGCCACUCUCCACCGAGGAAAGAAGUAGCAGCGAACCUCCCAAAUCGAUCAAUGUUGUACGAAUCGAAAACGUUACCGAAUCAACGAACCAACGGCCACGUGCAUCCUCUGCGCCGAGAAUCAUCAUUACGGACGCCACGGAAAAGUCUGCCGGUGAGAGCACAGACCUCGAGAGCACGACUGUGGUAGAAAUAGUGGAACAACCCUCUCCGGAACCCGUUGAGCAACCGCCCGUGUUUGCUAAACCGUAUCCAGCGGUCCCGACGGAACUAUCACCGUCACCUACAGAGUGUGUCGGGGAUAGUGCCCAGACAGUGGCUUCCGCUCCGGAACAGAUAGUCGUGCCUCAUCUACCGGAAGGUGUAGCAACACCCGAUGGUCAGUAGAUUAGGCGGAUGGUGUUGGAGUGUUUUGGAUUACUAUCGUGUUUCCUUCGAUCGUUUUGACCCCUUUUGUACAGAAUUGCGUCCUCGUACAACUUUAUCUUUAUAGUUCCACGUGUGGAAAUGUAUUAUCUUCUUGACGAUUGAA